CAUUCAUCCCUUCAACACGAUGCACCAGUCCCCCACUCUGUCAUUCAUUUUGAACAUCCCUCUUCUUUGCGACGAGAUCGCCUUCUCGCUCUCGCCAAACGACUUGGCUCAGUGUCUGCUCGUCAAUUCUGCCUGGAACUCCGCCUUCGCGCCCUUGCUCUGGAAUAGCAUCUUCCUCAGUAACCAGCGGGUCGUCUCACUAUUCCAGACCUCGCCUGCUGUCCAGCAGGGUCUUCAACGCAACGCCGACUAUGUUCGCUCUAUCCACAGCGUCUUUUGCUAUGCCUUUCAGUCCUUUCCCGAGACCACUCCAUUCCGCAGCCUGGUUCGGCUCGACUCUCUCGCCUCGGAACUACACAACAAGGGGAUCGUCGAUCACACAAACACCCAGCGGCUACUCCGUUUCAUUAAAGUGAACACCAAUCUAAGAGAGAUUGUCCUCUCCAAUUUCCCACUAGGUAGCGUGCCGACCUCAAAGCUGCUUGGAGAUACAAUCGCACAUCACCCGAAUCUCGUCAGCGCCAGCAUCAACAGCUUCAGGGCCGCCGAAUUGUCGAGUGUUCAACAUGUCCUCCGAGGAUCAGCUCUGGGUAGACUGGAAAAGCUGUCGCUCAUCAACAGGUCAAAUAUCAAGCUGAGUGAGGAUCACCAAGAUGGCAUAGAUACCCUGAAUGAGCCUGGCUCAGCGCCAUUCCAGCUCUUACCGGAGGGUCAUAUCGCCACACGACUUAGGGAUCUCACCUUGGACGCCAAUCUUAUUUCUUCGCUGCAUGCCACACUGCUACCGAUGUUGCGGCACUGUCGCAACCUGGAGCGAUUAUUUGUACCUUGGACCGACGUAGAGACAUCCUACAAAGAGCUGUGUCCUGUCCUUGAGCAGUUUUGCCCGAAGCUUCAACACCUUACUGGGGGAUACCAUUAUGGCAGCAGGGACGAGCACCAGGCGAUGUUACUCCGUUCAUGUCAACAUUUGCGCACGUACAUCAUGGGAGGCCCACAGCCGAUAGGCCCACUCUCCAUCGCAGCGCUUUUGGACCAUCGACACAGCCAGACGUUGGAGACACUGGAUAUUAAACACUGCUCAGCAAUUGAGAGCAGACAUAUCCAGCUCAUUUUGACAUCCUGUCCCAACCUCGCGUCCUUCAGGAGCUUGACUGAUACCGAAAACCAGUAUGAAUACGAGUCCAGACUGGACAUCAGUGAUCUACCACUUCGGUCAGGUGCAGGACCAGCAUGGGUGUGCAAGGGCCUGAAAGACCUUCGGAUCGGGUUCACGGGCUUCUCUACCCUACUGGACAAGGAACCUGUACAACCCUAUGUCGAUUACAUCUUCAGGCAACUCUCCGUCCUGACUAAUCUCCAGACAUUAUAUCUCGCAGGCGAGACGACGGCGACAGCGUUUUCUGCGUCGUCCCGGGCAUGGGCGUUUGAUUUUUCGCUAGCGAGUGGACUCGGUAGGCUGCAGUCGCUCAGGAUGCUGACAACCUUGAACAUUCAAAGGCUGAGGCACCAUCGGAUCGGCAAGGGUGAGGCAGAAUGGAUGAUCCGGCACUGGCCCUUAUUGAGGAGGCUUUAUGUGCAACCGGAAUUGUCGAGGGUGGAAAAUAUGGGCUAUAAUGGUGAUACCAUCCACGAGGACAGGACAUUGACAGGGUUUUUGGAGGAGCUGGUCCGCUGUCGACCUUCAUUGACCGUUUCUGUGGGCGCUUGAAUAGAGAAUGCGUACAUAGAUUGCUUUUGCACAACAUAAACCUUCC